CCGGCGUCCGCAACGGUCUUGUAUCCGGGAGGAGGCAAGUUGGGGGCGGGGCUCACGUGGACGAAACCGGUCGUGGAGCCACUCUGCCAGAGCACCACGUCUUUGGAGCCUGUGGAGGUGUUAAGUGGCAUAUCCUGAGAGAAGAUGGGAAAGGGCUGCAAGGUUGUGGUCUGUGGCUUGUUAUCUGUGGGGAAAACGGCAAUUUUGGAGCAGCUUCUUUAUGGGAAUCAUACUAUUGGAAUGGAAGAUUGUGAAACAAUGGAAGAUGUAUAUAUGGCUUCAGUGGAAACAGAUCGCGGAGUAAAGGAACAGUUACAUCUUUAUGACACCAGAGGCUUACAGGAAGGUGUGGAGCUUCCAAAACAUUAUUUUUCAUUUGCUGAUGGCUUUGUUCUUGUGUACAGUGUGAAUAACCUUGAAUCCUUCCAAAGAGUAGAACUUCUGAAGAAAGAAAUUGAUAAGUUUAAAGACAAAAAGGAGGUGGCAAUUGUCGUAUUAGGAAACAAAAUUGACCUUUCCGAGCAGAGACAAGUGGAUGCUGAGGUGGCACAGCAAUGGGCAAGAAGUGAGAAAGUACGCCUGUGGGAGAUCCCGCAGAUAUCCCGUCUACCUAGGUCACAGAAUCACUGUAAUGGAGUCUCCACAAAUGAGGAGCCAGAAAUGGGUUGUCACUGUACAAGUUAGGAUCUACUGGUCUAGAAGGUGGGUAAAGAGACCUAUGCGGGGAGUGGUGAGGGCACAAGUUUACAACUUUCAGAAGGCUACUGUGAAGGUGAAUGAGGAACAAGAGAAUCUUUACAUGGGACACUACAGGGAAAGGUCUGUUCCAGCACCCCACCCUCUUCUCUAUAAAAUGACUAACUAGGUUUACCCACAGGUCAGCAUAUUUCUUUACCAACCUUCUGUGUCCCCACCCUUUAAGAUACCUUAGUU